AUGAGACAAUCCUUCCUUACAGGCCUUUUGGCCGCUCCUCUUUCUGCGUACGCCGUCGCUCUGACUGGCUACGAGUACAUCGUUGUCGGCUCCGGUGCCGGUGGUGGUCCUCUGGCCGCUCGCCUGGCCAUGGCUGGCCACAAGACCCUCCUCAUUGAGGCCGGUGAUGACUACGCCAGCACCAACUACACCGUCCCUGCCUACUCUGCCAACGCUUCCGAGGAUCCCGAGAUCUCAUGGAACUUCUUCGUCAAGCACUACGCCGACGAUGAGCGCCAGGCUCGUGACUUCAAGACCACCUACGACACUCCCAACGGAGAGUACACUGGUCUCAACCCUCCCGCUGAUGCCAAGCUCAAGGGUACUCUGUACCCUCGUACCCAGGCUCUUGGUGGCUGCACUGCUCACAACGCUUUGAUCGCUGUCUACCCCCACCAGUCUGACUUUGAGUACAUUGCUGAGCUCACUGGCGAUGACUCUUGGUCUGCCAAGAACAUGCGAAAGUACUUCGUUGAGGCCGAGGAUAACAACCAUCGCCCUGCUGGCGAGGAUGGUCACGGUUACGACGGCUGGUUGAGCACUGAGACUGCCCCUCUCAGUAUCCCCCUCAACGAUCAACAGCUUCUCAGCAUCCUCAGCGGAGGUGCUGCUGCCCUCUCUGAGGUCACUGGCGAGGAGAUCACCAUGGAUGGUCUCAUCGCUGAUGAUGCCAACGCCAACACUCUCGCCCGUGACCAGAAGCCCGGUUUCUACCAGAUCCCGCUUUCUACCAAGUCCGCCAGCCGUGUUGGACCCCGUGAGUUCAUUCUCUCUGUCCGCGAUGCCAAGUUCGACAACGGCACCAAGCGUUACCCUCUCGAUGUCCGCACCAACAGCUACGUUACCAAGGUUCUCUUUGACGAGUCUGAGAAGACUCCCCGUGCCACUGGUGUUGAGUUCCUCGACGGCAAGCACCUCUACUCUGCCAGCCCUCUCUCCACUGGCGCUGCUGGCAAGGCUGGUAACGCUACUGCUUCUCGUGAGGUCAUCGUCGCUGGCGGUGUCUACAACACCCCCCAGAUCCUCAAGCUCAGCGGUGUCGGACCUGCUGAUGAGCUGAAGAAGUUUGACAUCCCCGUCGUUGUCGAUCUCCCCGGUGUCGGUACCAACCUCCAGGACCACUACGAGAUCAGCGUCCAGGGCAACCCUGCUGAGAACUUCACCUCUUUCGACGGCUGCACCUUCAGCCUCUUCACUGAUGAGGACCCUUGCCUCGACCGCUGGAGGGCCCCUGUUGACGGUGACCACGGUAUCUACUCUUCUUCCGGUCUCGCUGCCACCAUGUUCUACAAGUCUUCUACUGCCGAGAAGAACAACUUCGACAUCUUCGCUUUCGGUGGUCCCGUCAACUUCCGUGGUUACUUCCCCCAGUACGCCGUCAACGCCACCAUCGAGCACGACUGGUUCUCAUGGGCCAUCCUCAAGGCUCACCCCCGCAACACCGCCGGCAAGGUCGUCCUCCGCUCCGCUGACCCUCUUGACAUGCCCGAGAUCACCUUCAACUACUUCGACACUGGCAACGGUGACGCCGACAAGGAUCUCCAGGCCAUGUACGAGGCCAUUGAGCUCGCUCGAAAGGCUUUUGCCAGCCAGGCCGUCAACAUCACCGAGGUCCUCCCCGGUGACCAUAUCAAGACCCAGAAGGAUGUUGAGACCUACAUCAAGGACAACACCUGGGGACACCACGCCUCUUCCACUUGCCCCAUCGGUGCCGAUGAUGACAAGAUGGCCGUCCUUGACUCUAAGUUCCGUGUUCGCGGUGUUGCUGGUCUGCGUGUCGUUGACGCUUCCGUCUACCCUCGCAUUCCCGGUACUUUCACUGCCGUGUCUACUUUCAUGGUGGCUGAGAAGGCUGCCGAUGUUAUCUUGGCUGAGUUGGAGGAGUAA